AUGUCUGCCUUUACCUCACAACAGCCCGACGAGGGCUACUCCGAAGACCCUCUGAACCCCAGCUUCAGCGGUACUCAGGAUGUCUCGGCCUCGCGUCCACCCGCAGACCUGCCCGCCUGGCUCUCCCAGCAUCUCCCCGGCCUGUCCACCUCUGAAAAGACUGAGCUUGCUAUAGCCCUUCUCGACCAGCUACCCACUUCGACCAUCGUCGAAAUCGUCCAGCGUCUACACCCUCGCAUGUACAUCAACUUUGUUCACUACUUGCCGACAGAAGUUUGCCUGAAGAUUCUCGGAUACCUCGAUCCCCUCUCUCUCAUCAACGUCGCCAAGGCUUGCCACGCCUGGCACGAGCUGGCCCUCGACCGCAAGCUAUGGGAGAAGCUGUACAACAUGGAGGGCUGGAAGGCCAUCUACUCGGAAGUCAACAAGUGGGAAGAAGAUGCGAACAAACCCCAGAACCAAUCCCCCAGCUCCCUCCACAGGGUUCGAUCAUGCGAGGACGGCCACACGCACAAGAAGCGCGCGAUAUCCGAAGACAACGAUCUCGAGAUGACGGACGCCGGGGCUUCGGUUACCAGGGAAGAUUCGAUGAACUCCAUCAUGGGUAACAGCAUCUUUGGCAGCCCUGCCUCGUCAUUCGGUUUCUCGAGGAGUUCAGCUACGCCGCAACAUGGAGAGAUGGAUCUGGACAGGUCAGCGUCGGGGUCCAAUCGUCGGAGCGCAGAGAGAAAUUUCAGUCUUGACACCAAGGGCAAGGGUAAGGCGUCGCCCAUGCUACGGGCUGCUCUCGUCAAGGAAGACUCGCUACCGCUCAUGAUGUCCACCGACGCACUCGGAAGAAUCUCGCGGUCGUCACUCUGGUCCUGGGACGCACCUAGCCGACGGUACAGGCUCGACUGGAAGUAUCUAUACACGAUGCGCUACCGACUGGAGCAGAACUGGGAGCUUGGAAAGUUUACCAACUUCCAGCUGCCCCAUCCAGAUCAUCCACAAGAGGGUCACCAAGAGUGCAUAUACAGUCUGCAAUUCGACAGCGAAUACCUUGUCAGCGGUAGCCGUGACAAGACGCUUCGUAUCUGGAGUCUGCACACCCAGCGAUUGUUGAGGCCGCCUCUGGAAGGUCACACUGGAUCUGUGCUCUGCUUGCAAUUCGAUGCGGACAAGGACGAAGAUCUGAUUGUCUCUGGAAGCAGUGACUCCAACGUCAUCCUGUGGAAGUUUUCAACAGGACAAAUGAUUCAAAGGCUCAAGAAUGCCCACUCUGAGUCGGUUCUCAACAUCAAAUUCGACAAGAGGAUUUUGGUCACAUGCUCAAAGGACAAGACCAUCAAGAUUUUCAACCGUCGUCCGCUCAAGUACGGUGAUCCGGGCUACGGUGACGGCGAUGUCGUCUUCAACGCCCCGAAACGCGUCAGAGACUACGGAUACGGCAACCCUAUGGACGACUUGCCCCUCAAGCCUGCGUAUAGCCUGAUUGGUUCUCUGGACGGCCAUGGCGCGGCUGUCAAUGCCGUUCAGAUCCAUGGCAACGAAGUGGUGUCAGCCAGCGGUGACAGAAACAUCAAGGUCUGGGACUGGACCAAGCAGGUCUGUAUCCGGACAGUGGUUGGCCAUAGCAAGGGCAUUGCCUGCGUGCAGUACGACGGUCGGAGGAUUGUUAGUGGCAGCAGUGACAACGAGGUAAAGGUGUUUGACAGGUUCACGGGUCUUGAAGUCGCCAGUCUGCGCGCGCACACCAACCUUGUGCGAACGGUCCAGGCUGGUUUCGGCGAUCUUCCUUACAGCGCUGAAGAGGAUAAGGCUGAGGCCAAGAGGAUUGACGAGAUCUACUUCAAGGCCGUAGCUGAUGGAGUCGUCAGCCCCUUUAACGACCAUGGCAGUCGCCGUGGUCGUGCCCAGGCCCGUAACGCGGGUAGUCAGCGACCGGAGGACAUUACGGCGUACGGUGCCAUUCUGCCUCCCGGUGGCGGCGGUGGCAAGUACGCUCGCAUCGUGUCUGGAUCCUACGACCAGAGCAUCAUCAUCUGGCGCCGUGAUAAGGAGGGCGUUUGGAAGGACACGCAACACCUGCGUCAGGAAGAGGGAGCCGCAGCAGCCCAAAGUCAAGCUCAAGCUGCGGCGAGAGCGGCCUCGCAGCUCACCGCACAAGAGAUGCUGGCAAACUUGGAGUCGGGCUCCCCCUCCACCGCCCGCGGCACUCGGGGAUCCUCCUCGUCCACCGGAUCUCCUCGGACGAUCGUCGACAAUCCCAUUAUUGCCACCAUCACGCCCGAUUCGGCCCAGGCUUUCAUGAACCUGAUUGACACUGUUGUGCCUCGGGGACCGACGCAGCUGCGCCAGGCUUUGCACCAUUACCCGACGAUGUUGGUGUACAAUUCACACAUUCAGGCUGCCAUUGGCAGAGAACCAAACCCGCGCAUCAGAGCCGACCUCCGCAAUGUACUCAAUGCUGCCCUUUUGGAGACGCAACUCAAUCAGUCGCGCCGCCUCGUAGCGAACCGCGAGGCGCAAACGAUUGAUCCGCCAUCGCUGCCACCCUUGAAUGGAUUCGCCCCGUCGUCAAGCACACAGAUCCAGCAGCCGACUCUUGCCAGAUUUCAUAUGGAAGUUCUGCGACAGCGACAGGCUCAAGAGCAAGAAGCUGCUGCCGCUGCCGCCGCUGCUCCACCUGCCGCCGGGCCUGCGACGCCCCAGGUGCAAGGACAUUUGCACAUCCAGGGACAAGCUCAGAAUCAAGCACAGCCGACGCAGCCGGGAGCACCUAUCCAGACUCAGGCGACGCCGGUGCCGGUACAAGGUGCGCAAAACCCUGUUCCGGACGCGGCGCACCACCCGCACAUUGCCAACGGCGACAACGGCCCGGCAAGGGUGUUCAAGUUGCAAUACGAUGCCCGCAGGAUCAUUUGUUGUAGUCAGACGAGUGUCAUUGUGGGCUGGGACUUUUGCAAUAACGACCCGGAGCUAGAGGAAGUUGCGCGGUUCUUUGGGACCGUGGAAUAG